UAAAUCCUUGAAGAAGAGGAAGACAUUUUAAGAAGAAGUUGAUGUUUGGACGGGUCCAGAAAGUCAUACCCAAGCAAUUAUUUAAGUCUUUGACACAACUUUUCUUAUUACGGAGUUCAAGAACAGUCACUUCUAAAAUGUCUUUCCAGUACCCAAAUGCUUACCGUGACGAGGCAGUUGUGGAUGACUACCAUGGCAAUAAGAUUCCAGACCCGUACAGUUGGCUGGAAGACCCAGACAGCGAAAAGACGCAGGCUUUUGUCAAUGCUCAGAACCAGCUGACACUGCCCUACUUGGAGCGCUGUGAGGUGCGAGACCUGUUCAAAGAGCGCAUGACGGAGCUCUACGACUACCCCAAAUACAGCUGCCCCUUCAAGAGGGGGAGCAGGUAUUUCCACUUCUACAACACGGGUCUCCAGAACCAGAGUGUGAUGUAUGUUCAGGAGAGCCUGGAGGCAGAGCCCACAGUCUUUCUGGACCCAAACACUUUCUCUGAGGACGGGACUGUUGCUUUACAAGGCUAUGCGUUCUCGGAGGAUGGCGAAUACCUGGCGUAUGGUACCAGCGCCAGCGGCUCGGACUGGGUGGAGAUGCACUUCCUGCAGGUGGAGGGGGCUGUCGCCCUCAAGGACAAACUAGAGAGGGUUAAGUUCAGCUGCAUGUCCUGGACCCACGACGGCAAGGGCCUCUUCUACAACUCUUACCCCAUGCAGGAGGGCAAGAGCGACGGCACGGAGACGUCUACCAACCUGCACCAGAAGCUCUACUUUCACGUGCUGGGGACCCCCCAGUCCCAGGACUGCCUAUGUGCUGAGUUCUCUGACCACCCCAAGUGGAUGAGCGGUGUCGAGGUGUCCGAUGACGGACGCUAUGUGCUGCUGUCCAUCAGGGAGGGCUGUGACCCGGUCAACCGGCUGUGGUACUGCGACCUCCAAACCACUCCUCAGGGCAUCACAGGCCUGUUGCCGUGGGUGAAGCUGAUAGACAACUUUGAUGCGGAGUACGAGUAUGUGACCAAUGAGGGCACAGUGUUCACUUUCAAGACCAACCUAGAGGCCCCGCGCUACCGCCUCAUCAACAUAAACUUUGCCCAGCCUGCCCAGGCCAACUGGAAGGAGCUUAUCCCUCAGCACGACAAGGACGUCAUUGUGUUUGCCACCUGUACCUACUCCAGCCUCCUGUUCGUGUGUUUCCUGCACGAUGUGAAGAACGUCCUUAAGAUGUACCGUCUGAGCUCGGGGGAGGAGCUCAGGACGUUCCCCCUGGAUGUGGGCUCUGUGGUGGGCUUCACCGGACGCAAGAGGGACUCUGAGAUCUUCUACUACUUCACCUCCUUCCUCUCGCCAGCCGUUAUCUAUCACUGUGACCUGACCAAGGAGCCCCUGCAUCCCCACGUGUUCCGGGAAGUCACCGUCAAGGGCUUUGACCCCUCUGACUACCAGACCACUCAGGUAUUCUACCCCAGUAAGGAUGGCACAGAGAUCCCCAUGUUUAUUGUCCAUAAGAAGGGCCUGAAGCUGGACGGCUCUCACCCAGCCUUCCUCUACGGCUACGGAGGGUUCAACAUCUCCAUCACUCCCAGCUACAGUGUAUCACGGCUGAUCUUUGUCCGACACAUGGGAGGAGUCCUGGCGGUAGCCAACAUCAGAGGAGGAGGGGAGUAUGGAGAGACCUGGCACAAAGCGGGCAUGCUGGCCAACAAGCAGAACUGCUUCACAGACUUCCAGUGUGCAGCAGAGUACCUCAUCAAGGAGGGCUACUCAUCCCCCUCCAAACUCACCAUCAAUGGAGGGUCCAACGGGGGCCUGCUCGUAGCGGCAUGUGUGAACCAGAGGCCGGAGCUGUUUGGCUGUGCCGUGGCCCAGGUGGGCGUCAUGGACAUGCUCAAGUUCCACAAGUUCACUAUUGGCCACGCCUGGACCACCGACUUCGGCUGCUGCGAUGUCAAGGAACAGUUUGACUGGCUCAUCAAAUACUCCCCGCUGCACAACAUCCACGUUCCCGAGGGCGAAGGUGUCCAGUACCCCUCAGUCCUCCUCCUCACAGGUGACCACGAUGACCGCGUUGUCCCCCUGCACUCCCUCAAGUAUAUCGCCACACUGCAGCACGUGGUGGGCCGCUGGGCGGGCCAGAGUAACCCGUUGUUCAUCCACGUGGACACCAAGUCGGGCCACGGUGCCGGCAAGCCCACCAGCAAGGUCAUCCAGGAGGUGGCCGACACAUAUGCAUUCAUCGCCCGCUGCCUCAACAUCUCCUGGGUCAAAUGAGGUGGUGGAAGACCUCCGACACAUACGCCUUCAUCGCCCACUGCCUCAACAUCUCCUGGGUCAAAUGAGGUCCAUGGAGCGCUGUGGUUCUAGUUCCCCCUUCUCUCUUUCUUUGUGGAACUCUUCCUGAAAGUAUCUUUCUUAUUUCACUGGUUGUCUUGAUCACUAAGUUUUUAUUCAACUGUUCCCUCCUCUCAUCCUCUUUCUUUGUAUAUCUCUGACUUGAGCUGUAAUCAAUGUCAAUACACUUGAACCUGUGUUUCUGGUCUGUUUCUCUCCCGCUCUGUUUCACAAAUAUGUAUUAACCACCCCUCACUUCAUACAUGCUAAUUUUCUAUGUCCUCUUUCUCUUCUCUUCUCUCCCCUCCCUUUCCCCCUCUCCACGCGUGUGCUUGUUUUGGGCAUGCACACCAGGACAGCAGAAGUAUACAGUUACCGCCCUGUCUCCAUCCCUCAUCCUUCUGUCCCCAGUACCUUACCCCGCAGGCGCCAGCCCCGGCACAUAACCCCCCUCAUAGCUCUUCCUCUUAUUUGUCAUCCUCCUCUGUAUUAUACUCCAUGUGUAUUUUGGUUCUGAUCGGAUAGCCCUUGUUUGUUCAAUGUCGAGAGAUAGGUGAUACAGGGUAGGACUUAAAACACUUAGUUAUCAGCCUAAAGGUCAAAGAUUAAGGCUGUAAAUGUCAUCAGUAGGGGGUCAUAAAAUGAAACAGACCCUAAUUGGUGCAACCCCCUACACAAUACAGACAAUUGUAUGUAUUUAUAAUUUGGAGUGCAUUUGGAAGGCUGUUGCUCAGUAAAAUCACUAGGUAAAUUAUUUUAGCAUUUAGGAUUUUAGCUCUUCACAGUGUUGGCGUGAAUGGGUUUAGAUUUAGGUUAUUUUGUUGUUCUGUGGCCAGGAGAAGGGUAAUGCAGAAAGAAAGUGUGUGUCCAUGUGUGUCCACAUAUCCUCUCAGACUGAUGUUAAUUUCUACCUCUUGACAUGUGCUGAUUGUUUAUCAAUUAAAGGGAUAUAAACAACUAACUGCAAUGCCACAACUUCAAUAAAAAACAUUUUGAACAGUG